GAGUGGCAUCCGGAAUAAAGUCUGGGUGUUGGGCGGGACUCUGCUGCUGGAUAAUAUACUGGAAGGGCCUACAGACGUGAACUCUCCAAGAUGCAGGGAGCAGUUUUUCUCCUGGGUCUCCUGGGGGCCAUGUCAGGGAGAGAAGCGCUACACCUUGUCCACUUGCCGGCUACAAGCACCGUGGCUGAAAAUUCUCCACCUGAGACGCCAGUACACAAGUUUUCUGUCAACUUAUCAGCCUCGCUGUCUCCUGUGCUCCCAGGGUGGCCCCUGAUCAUCAACACGAACCCCCUCACUGAGGCCUUCAAAGUGAACUGGCUGUCAGGCACCGACUUUGAGGUGGUCACCACGGGGAAGGAACAACUAGACUUUGAAACAGGACCAAACAUAUUUGAUUUGCAGAUUUAUGUUAAGGAUGAUGUUGGUGUCACUGACCUUCAGAUCCUGACCGUCCAGGUAACAGAUGUGAACGAGCCGCCUCAGUUUCAAGGCAACUUGGCUCAAGGUCUAGACCUCUACAUACUGGAAGGAACAAACCCGGGAUUCAUUUACCAGGUUGAAGCCUUUGAUCCGGAAGACAUAAGCCGAAACAUACCCCUCAGUUAUUUCCUGAUCGUCUCCUCAGUGAACUUCACGAUGUCUGCUAAUGGGACCCUUUUCUCCACAAUAGAAUUUGACUUUGAAGCAGGACACAAAAGUUUCCUUCUGCUUGCGGGAGUGAGAGAUAGCCAAGGGCUCGAAGCCUCCACAACGCUCCAGGUGAACAUUGUGAAUGUCAACGAUGAAAUCCCACGCUUCACCAGCCUGGUGCGAGUGUACACGAUCGCCGAGGAGCUGGCUUCAGGCACCAUUGUGGCCAAUGUCACCGCGGAGGACCCCGACAACAAGGGUUUCACCGGCUUCCUGCUCUACAGCAUCACGACUGCUAACCGCUAUUUUGUGAUCAACCAGUUGACGGGUACGAUCCACGUGGCCCACAGGCUAGACCGAGACGCAGGUGAAUUAAGACAAAAUCCCUCCAUUUCUCUGGAAGUUCUGGUGAAGGACAGACCCUCGGGAGGUCAAGAGAAUCGCAUGCAGAUAACCUUCAUCGUGGAGGACAUUAAUGACAACCCGGCCACGUGCUCCAAGACCUCCUUCAGCAUUAUGGUGCCUGAAAGAGCAGCCAAGGGGACGUUGCUUCUGGACCUGAACAAGUUCUGCUUUGAUGAUGACAGCAAAGCACCAAACAACCAAUUCAACUUCACCACGCCAUCUGGAGUGGGGAGCAGCGGCAGAUUUUCACAGGAUCCAGCUGGCUCUGGGAAAAUCGUGUUGAUUGGUGACCUAGAUUAUGAAAAUUUAAGUAAUCUGGCAGCUGGCAAUAAGUACACCAUGAUAAUCCAGGUGCAGGACGUUGCCCUUCCUUACUAUAAAAACAACAUCUACAUUUAUAUCUUCACAAAGCCCGAAGACGAGUUUCCUCUCGCCUUUGACAGACCGUCCUACGUAUUUGAGGUGUCAGAAUUAAGGCCAGCUCGAACCCGGGUUGGAAUAGUGCACGCCACCGACCAAGACUUCCCCCAGAGCAGAGUCGUGUAUUCCAUCUCUACGGGAGGAGCCGGCCUCCAGUACCCAAACAUAUUUUGGAUCGACCCCCAGACAGGAGAACUCCAGCUGGUGACGAGAACAGACUACGAAACAACCCCCAGCUAUAUUCUCAGAAUCCAGGCCACCAACGGCGAGGACAGCAGCUCAGUCACUGUAACUGUGAAUAUCCUUGAAGAAAAUGAUGAAAAGCCAGUUUGUAUGCCAGACUCUUAUUUCUUGGCCAUCCCAGUGGAUCUGAAAGUGGGCACGAACAUUCAGAAUUUCAAGCUGACGUGUACCGACCUGGACUCCAGCCCCAGGUCGUUUCGUUACUCCAUGGGCCCAGGCAACAUCAACAGUCAUUUCAUCUUCUCUCCCAACGCCGGGUCCAACAUUACAAGCCUGCUCCUUGCGACACGCUUUGACUAUGCCAGUGGGCUUGACAAGAUCUGGGACUACAAACUACUUGUCUAUGUAACCGACGACAACUUGCUGUCUGGCAGGAAGAAAGCUCAGGCUCACGUUGAAACAGGGACGGUGACGCUGAGUAUUAGCGUCAUUCCUCACCCCACCACAGCUGUCACCACAACCCCCAGGCCCAGGGUCAUCUACCAGGUCCUGAGAAAAAACGUCUAUUCUCCAUCAGCGUGGUACGUGCCUUUUGUCAUCACUUUGGGCUCCAUAUUGCUUUUGGGACUCCUGGGGUCCCUGUUCAUCCUGUUGGCCAAAGCCAUCCACAGACACUGUCUCCGCAAGACUAGGAAGCACAGGAAACUUCCGGUGAAGAGAAGAGAAAUGAAGGAUACGAGGCCCGAGGUUUUGGUGGAAACAAUCCAGAUGAACUCUGUCUUUGAUGGAGAAGCCAUCGACCCAGUUACUGGGGCAGUAUAUGAAUUCAACUCAAACACGGGAGCCAGAAAGUGGAAAGAUCCCUCAACCCAAAUGCCAAGAUGGAAAGAGCCUGGCCCCCAGGGAGCUGCUCCCAAUAGAGUUGUUGCUGGGGAAGGGGCCAGGCCCCUGAGGAGCACCAGUGAGCGACAUGGGCUGAGCAGCAAAGCCCCGGCUGAGGACACCAGUUCCAGAAACCAGGAUGCCAAGCCCAGCACCCCAAAGAGCAGAAACCCAGCCCUCACGGUCAGGACUUCCCCCAAACUGCACCCAGGAAAGUAAGGGGUAUCUGGGUGCAGGUCCCACAUCGCAGCAUGGGGAAGGGGAGUUGAGUGUCCCUGGGAGACUGCCUCUCCCUAAUUCCCACGU